AUGAAUAUUAGGGGGUUGGGGUCCGAUAAUAAAAGCAGUUGGGUUCGGAGUCUUAGAAACAAUAAUGAGGUGGGUUUUGUCAUGCUACAGGAGACGCAAUUUAUUUCCGUCGACGGUUUAGAUAUGGGGAGGUUUGGGGGGAAUAAUGAUUUUCAUUAUGAGUGGGUUGCUUCUUCUGGGCGUUCAGGAGGAUUAGUUUCUAUAUGGGAUCCGAAGAGACUUGUGAACACGGUGGUGGUAAAGCAUGCUAAUUUUUUGAUCGUUUCGGGUACCAUUAAGGAUAAUGGCAAGUUUGUGUCAUGUGUUAAUGCUUAUAUUCCUCAUAAUUUGAAUGAUAAGCGUCGGGUUUGGAAUGUUAUGAGGACUGCGAUUGGGUCCGGUGAGCAUUAUGUGGUGGUGGGGGGUGAUUUCAAUUGUGUGCGUCACAAAGACGAAAGAAGAAAUUCUAAGUUCAACGCGGUGGCUUCGGAGGAAUUUAAUGACUUUAUUGAAGAUAUUGGAGUUUGCGAGUAUGCUCUACGUGGUCGUAAGUUUACAUUCUGUGCUGGGAACAAAUUAAGUCGCAUUGACCGCAUUUUUGUUUCUUCUAAUUUUUUUAAUGAGUGGCCCAACGCGGAGUACCGGGCGCUUCCUCGAGAGUACUCGGACCAUUGUCCGUUAAUCCUUAAGGUGGUGUCUAGAAAUUUUGGAGCGAAACCAUUCCGCUUUUUCAAUUCAUGGUUAUGUCGGGAAGGUAUCGAGGAGGUGGUCUCUAGGGCGUUGUCUUUAGAAGACGAGUUGGGUGGUAAGCCGGAUGAACAGUUUAUGAACAAACUGAAAAGAGUCAAAUGUGGUAUUAAAAAUUGGCUCAAGGUUGUUAAGUUUAAAGAAAGGGAGGAGGAAGAUUGCUUGAAAAAAGAGGUGUUCGAUUUAUAG